CUGACCAUGGAGAGGAUAAGUCUUGAUAAAUCAGCUUUAAAAGCAGUGGAUGAGUACUGCGAGUACAGGAGGAUUGUGGGUGAUGAUGAUGGAGGCAGGCUGAUGAGCCCAGAUCAGUAUGAGGAGUACAAGAGGACGGUCCUCGCUCGACGCAUGAAAAACAGGCUGUAUGUGAGCUUUGGGAUGCCUGAUGGUAUCGACUGCAAACUGAUUGGUCCAGAGACUCAGUGCUUCUGCUCACAUAGGUACAAGCAACACAAGACAGUGUUUGAGGUGGUUCCCUCUGAGCGGCCCCUGGCCCUACCAUGUCAGGUGAGGGGAUGUCGCUGUCCCGCCUUUCAGUUUGUUCCUCAAAAUGGGUCAAACCCUGUCCGCUGCAGGUGUAAGCACCUACCUCAGGACCACAGCGAAGCCACGGGACACUUGUGCAAGAAAUGCAGUUCCUGUUCUGGGUUUCAGAGCACCUUCAUCUGUGGGUGCGGCCAGCGCAGCUCUGCCCACCACACCCUGGUUGAGACAAAAUCUGAGAGGGAGGCGCGGGGUCGGCCUGUGGGCAGGGAUGUCCCGUAUGCUGCCAUGGGGGGACUGACAGGGUUCAGCUCCCUACUGGAUGGCUACCUCAACCUGGAGGCCUGUGGCUCAGAUCAAGACACAGAAGACAGCUGUUUGCAGAGAAGCUCAGCAUCAAGGGUGAACCAACCAUGCACAUUCAAGAAGAACCACAACCAUUAGGGAUGCAAUCCAUAUGGGAGAUGUCAUCAGUGUUGGACUUGGUUGGUUUGUGGUUCGUCAAAGAAAAAUUAAGAUUCUGCGAUCAGAAGAUGGAAUUUUUAACGUCUUGAAAUUGUCUGGUUGGCUAAAUGAUGUUGAGCAUGUGGUGUUAUAUCGGCUGACAAAUAUGAAUUGUACAGUAGCUCAUACUGCUGAUACCCUUUUGCAGUUUUCUGACAACGUCUCC